CAAGACAGUGGGGCAGGCGUGGGGAGACCGCGGAGCGCAGGGACCUGGUGCCGCUCCGCGCCCGGGCGCGCGGAAUCUGCCGGCCCGGAAGCGCAGGCUGCCCGGCGGCGCCCGGAAGCGCUGCUCGGAGGCGGAAGCGGCUGGUUCCCGCAGGGUCCCGCGGUGCGGUGGGAGGUCCGCGGUUUGGCCCACCUCGCCGCUGCCCUCUGCAGGGGCUCUGGCUUGGCCCUCUCCACCCGUGAUCCUCUGCCCGGGGCGCCACACCGCCUGGGGCACGUGAGCUUAAAGGGCAGGGCGCGCAGAGGAAGAAAGAAAAUGUCUCAAAAACAGAUGAAGGAGGCUUUUGUCAGUAACCUCAAUGGAACCAGCGUGCUGGAAGUCACCGAGGGCUUGUGCUUUCCUGCGUUCUGUGUCUUGUGCAGAGGCCUCCUUAUUAUCUUCUCAGAGUGCUUAUGUUCUUCACAUACCUGGAGAACUCGGUUUUUCAUUGACUUUGUUAUUCUGGUAGUUCCCCUGGUGGUCACUUUGACCAUUUGGUCUACAUUUGUCCUCCUCGAGUAUCUCAUUGUAACUAUCUUUGGGGCAGGGCUGUUGUAUCAAAUAUACCAAAGGAGGACUUGUCAUGUCAAAGUGCCUGUCCAGAAAAUCUUUGAAAAAUUCUUAAAAGUCAAUCUGGAGUCAGAACAUGUUCCUGCCAUCUCCUGCUUCCGUGUAAGUAACAGUAUAUUUACUGCUAUUGCCAUUUUGGCCGUGGACUUCCCACUGUUUCCCAGAAGAUUUGCCAAAGCUGAGCUCUAUGGAACAGGAGCAAUGGAUUUUGGAGUAGGUGGCUUUGUUUUUGGGACUGCAAUGGUUUGUCCAGAGAUCAGGAGGAGAAAAUACAUGGAAGGAUCCAGAUUUAAUUAUUUUGCAAAAUCACUGUAUUCUGUUUGGCCAUUAGUCUUCCUAGGAGUAGGCCGAUUAAUCAUUAUAAAAUCAAUAGGCUAUCAGGAACAUUUAACUGAGUAUGGAGUUCAUUGGAACUUUUUUUUCACCCUAAUAGUUGUGAAAUUGAUAACAUCACUGCUCUUGGUUAUUUUUCCCGUAAAUAAAUCCUGGAUUGUGGCCAUCAGCAUUAUUGUAUUAUACCAGCUAGCCCUUGACUUUACCCCACUGAAGAGGUUAAUUUUGUAUGGCACCGAUGGCAGUGGCACAAGGGUUGGCUUACUAAAUGCUAACCGAGAAGGAAUAAUCUCUGUAUUCGGGUAUGUGGCAAUAUACAUGGCUGGUGUACAGACAGGGUCUUGUGUGCUUAAACGCAAAUCACCUGUCAAAGACUGGAUGAAAGUAGCAUGUUGUCUUCUGUUGGCAGCCGCCAGCCUCUUCACAUCUCUUUACGUAGUUCAAAUAAAUGUAGAAGCAGUAUCUCGAAGAAUGGCUAACUUGGCCUUUUGUAUUUGGAUAGUUGCUUCUAGUCUAAUUCUUCUUAGUAGUUUAUUACUGGGUGAUAUAAUUUUGAGUUUUGCCAAAUUUCUAAUUAAAGGGGCUCUGGUGCCAUGUUCUUGGAAACUUACCCAGUCACUAGCUACAAAUAAAAAGUAUUCAGAAUCUCUAGGAGCUGAAAGAAAGGAACGCAGUCUUUGUUUAAUCACAGCUAUGAAUGAAAGCCAGUUAUUUUUUUUCUUGCUGUCAAAUGUCACAACUGGCCUGAUCAAUCUGAUGGUAGAUACAUUACACAGCAGUACUUUGUGGGCCUUAUUUGUGCUUCAUCUCUAUAUGUUUACUAACUGCUUAAUUACAUAUGUACUAUAUUUGCAAGAUAAGACUAUAAAAUUCUGAUGAUCAAUAGCAGUAGGAUGUAUCUGUAUUUUGGAAAUAUUUUAAUGGAGAAUUUACAAAAUGUGCAUUUGGCAACCCAAUGUAAACCAUAUUUAAUAUAAAAUCAGUGUCAAUCCUUCUAAAACAGUACUGAUACUUAAU